UUCUAAAUUGAACCCUUUCUUUUGCAGGCCCAGAUUGCCUUUCUUCAAGGUGAGAGGAAAGGACAGGAAAAUCUGAAGAAGGACCUAGUGCGAAGAAUCAAAAUGCUGGAAUAUGCACUUAAGCAGGAAAGGGCUAAAUAUCACAAAUUAAAAUAUGGCACAGAAUUGAAUCAGGGAGAUAUGAAACCACCAAACUAUGAUUCUGAUGAAGGGAAUGAAACAGAGAUUCAGCCACAACAGAACAGUCAGCUAAUAUGGAAACAAGGACGACAGCUGCUAAGACAGUACCUACAAGAAGUGGGCUACACCGACACGAUAUUGGAUGUGAAGUCAAAACGAGUGCGAGCUUUGCUGGGCCUCUCAAGUGAUGCUUCAGAAAAAGAAAACAAAAAUCAAGAGCCAAUGGUAAAUGGCACCGAGGGCCAGAUUAAAGAAAACACAAUGAUUGGGAAGCCUGAAUUGACAGACUCUGCCUCUCUGCUAGAGACUUUCAAGUUUCUUGAAAAUGCAGCUGCAGACUUUAGUGAUGAAGAAGAUGAAGAAGAAAUUGAAGGAAGAGAGAAAACAAUCAUUGAUACCGCAACAAUUGUAAGGAAAAGAGUCCUAUCUGACAGCAGUGAAGACAGAGAUACGGAAGAAGCUUUGAAAGAAUUUGACUUUUUGGUUACCUCAGAUGAUGGUGAUGCAGAAUCGAGAAGUUCAGGAGAUGGAACAGACUGGGAAAAGGAAGACCAGUGUCUCAUGCCUGAAGCCUGGAAUGUCGACCAGGGAGUUAUAACCAAACUCAAGGAACAAUACAAAAAGGAGCGCAAGGGGAAAAAGGGGGUGAAGAGGCCCAACAGGUCAAAGCUGCAAGAUAUGCUUGCAAACUUGAGAGACGUUGAUGAUCUCCCUUCAUUGCAGCCAUCUGUUGCACCUUCUUCUAGGCCCAGUAGCUCAAGGCUCAUUGAACAUGAGAUAAACAGGACGGAUGAAGUGGAAGCUUUAACGUUUCCUCCUUCUUCAGGGAAGUCUUUCAUUAUGGGAACAGAUGAAGCCCUUGAAAAUGAGCUGGGUCUUGGAGAACUGGCAGGCCUUACUGUAGCAAAUGAGGCAGAUUCGCUGACUUACGAUAUAGCCAACAAUAAGGAUGCAUUGAGAAAGACUUGGAAUCCCAAAUUCACAUUAAGAAGUCACUUUGAUGGAAUAAGAGGUCUCGCUUUUCAUCCGGUUGAACCAGUCUUAAUAACAGCUUCAGAGGACCAUACAUUAAAAAUGUGGAAUUUACAAAAAACAGCCCCAGCAAAAAAGAGUGCUUCUCUUGAUGUAGAGCCAAUAUAUACCUUCAGAGCACAUAAUGGGCCAGUGCUCUGUGUGGUGAUGAGCAGCAAUGGUGAACAGUGUUACAGUGGGGGAACUGAUGGCCUCAUCCAUGGCUGGAGCACAACCAACCCCAACAUCGACCCCUAUGACUCUUACGAUCCUUCUGUUCUAAGAGGUGCUUUUGUAGGCCAUACUGAUGCAGUGUGGGGUCUGGUUUACAGUGGGGCACACCAACGUUUGCUGUCCUGUUCGGCAGACGGCACCAUACGUUUGUGGAAAGCUACAGAAAUUGCUCCAGCUCUCAAUAUAUUUAAUGAUAAUCAAGAAAUGGGAAUCCCUUCAUCAGUAGAUCUUGUGAGCAGUGACCCAAGCCUCAUGGUAGCAUCAUUUAACAGUGGGCACACUAGCAUUUUUAACAUGGAGACACGGCAGCGAAUUCUUACCCUGGAGUCCAGUGUGGAUACUGCAGUCAGUUCCUCCUGUCAGAUAAACAGAGUCAUCAGCCAUCCAACUCUUCCAAUUAGUAUCACUGCUCAUGAAGACAGGCACAUCAAAUUCUAUGACAACAAUACAGGAAAACUGAUCCACUCCAUGGUAGCUCACUUAGAUGCAGUUACAAGUUUAGCUGUUGAUCCUAAUGGCUUGUACUUGAUGUCUGGCAGUCAUGACUGCUCAAUUCGCUUGUGGAAUCUUGAAAGCAAGACCUGCAUCCAAGAAUUUACUGCUCAUCGCAAAAAGUUUGAUGAGUCCAUUCAUGAUGUGGCAUUCCACCCCUCCAAAUGUUAUAUUGCCAGUGCAGGAGCAGAUGCCCUUGCGAAAGUGUUUGUAUGACAGAGUGCUUCCCAUUCAACUUUAGCUUUGUAUAUAUUUAACCAGCUGCACAAAAGAGAAGAGGAGGGCAUGAGGCAUCUUAUCUUGCCCUGUAAUUCAGAGAAUGUUUGUAAGUGUUUAGUUUUGCAGGGUGCUGUUUUCUAAAUUGACGUUUGUUCUGGUUUCUGUGAGCUCAGCUGGUGCUGAGAGCUUGGAAUCUCUCAGUUUCACAUAGUUU